GGUAAUUCAGUUUCUAAAUGUCUGAAUUUACAGAUACUCCAGUGACCGAUGAAAAUGGAUCUCCUAUCAGCAUUGUUUGGAAACCUGAUCUUUAUAAACUCCAACAAGAAUCCCCUAAACCUCAGCCAGUAUUUGCACCUAGUGCUGUGUCCGGGUGUCCAUUUUUCUAUGGUCUUGAAUAUCAUGGAUCAAUGAAUCACAAAGAAGCAAAUUCAUUAUUAAAAGACGAUGGUAACUAUCUUAUACGACUAAGUGCCAGUUCAGACGAUAAGAUGUAUACGCUAUCAUUAAAAAUAUUUGGAAAAGUGCAUCAUUAUAAAUUAUUUUAUGACGGACAACAUUAUGUGUCACAAAAACGUUUUAAUACAAUUAAUGAUCUUGUUGCGGAUGGUUUGGUGACAUUAUAUAUGGAAUCUAAAGCUGGGAAAUACAUUUACUUAAUGCAUAGCUUAAUAAGUUAUGAGAAAAGCCCUUACAUGACAUUAAAUAAACUCAAACGUAAAACAAUCAAAAAACUAAAACCGAGACAGCUCAAUUGCGAAGAAGUAGUAGAUUAUGACAAACCUCACAAUUUUAAGACACAUAACUUUAAAGGGCUUAAUUGGUGUGAGUUGUGUGGUAACUUUCUAUGGGGUUUUACACAGCAAGGAGUGAAAUGUGAAGAUUGUGGUUUCAGUGCACAUUUUAAGUGUUCUGAAAAGUUACCACCAGAUUGUUAUCCGGAUUUAAAAUUGUUUCGGGGUGUUUUUGGGAUUGAUUUAACAACUCAUGUUAAGGCCUAUAAAACUAAUCGCCCGUUUGUUGUUGACAAAUGUGUUGAAGAAAUUGAAAGGCGUGGCAUGUCUGUUGAAGGAAUAUACAGAGUAUCAGGUUUUCAGGAAGAAAUGGAUAGUUUGAGAUUGGCCUUAGAUAAAGGUAGAAUUUUAAUUACUACCCAAUUAUAA